AUGAAUAUCAAAGACCUUCAAACUCAGGAUCCUCUUAACAAGAUCCAUAGAAAAAAGUCAUCUCAAUCAGUAAGAUUCGUUACUUUCAACGUCAACGGUGCCAAAACUUUAUUCAACUACCAUCCUUGGACUAAGUUCAAUAAUGACUUGAACCUGGUUUUCACUCUGUUACAAGCUGACGUAAUAACACUACAGGAGUUGAAAGUAUCACCCUCUAACUUGAGCACCAUUAAGGAUGUUGGACAUUUGCAAAAUUAUAAGUCCUUUAUUAGUUUACCCAGGGUCAAGAAAGGGUAUAGCGGAGUUGGAGUUUUCGUAAGAAUACCACAAGAAAACGAGUCAAAUGCGGUCAAGAGAUCCUUAACUGUUGUUAAAGCAGAAGAAGGAAUAACAGGCUGGUUAUGCCCGAGGAAUUCAAAACUAUCAUAUCGUACAAUGGACAAAGAACAACAAAUUGGAGGUUAUGUGGACGAUUUAGAUUCACAACAAGGAUUGAAUCUAGAUAGUGAAGGUCGAUGCGUUGUGAUUGAAUUUACGAAUAAUCUAGUUGUAUUUUCAUUAUAUUGCCCUGCAAAUUCUCUGGGAACCGAAGAAGGGGAAGAAUUUAGAUUAAAGUUUAUGAAAGUAUUAUUUGAACGAUGUUACAAUUUGAAAUUCAAAUUAGGUAAAGAAGUUCUAAUAAUGGGAGAUAUCAACAUCAGCACCGACUUAAUCGACCAUGCACAAACGAUAGAAGACAUGGUGCUUAAUCGUCUAGGCAAAAAUUCUCCAAAUGGAAACAAUUUCGAAACCAUAAACUAUGAGCAAUGCUGUGACUUCAAGAAAUCAACACCUGCAAGACACUUACUCAAUGAAUAUGUCAUACCAGGUCUAUGGCACGACUUGAGCCUUCAAUCCUCACCCAGUGAUUCACACCGGAAACAGUUCUUGUAUGAUACAACCAGAUUUUUGCAAGGUAGAAGAAUGAAAAUGUAUACAGUGUGGAACACACUCACAAACUCACGAGCGGUGAAUUUCGGAUCAAGGAUUGAUUUAAUAUUGACUAGUUCGUACCAUAUGGUAAAACUGGUAUCCCAGGCAGAUAUUUGGGAGUUUAUCCUUGGAUCGGAUCAUUGUCCUGUCUUUACUGAUUUCGAGGCAGGCUAUGAUGAUUUGAAACAAGAAGAGGAGGUUGUAUUGCCUUGCGUCACCCUUCCCUUUGAGGCAAAAUUGCAUUAUAAAUUGACGAAAAACCGAGAUAUCUCGCUGUUGUUUGCACCCAGAAAAUCAAAGUCGACUGAUCUGGUAGAAGUAACUCCUCUACUGGAUUCGGCAAAUCUGCAAUCACUGACCCAGGCUGAAGACUCAGCAAGUGAACAACCUGCAAAGAGACCUAAAUUAAACUAUGUUAGUAGGAAAGUUGACAAAUCUCAGAAAAAAGGCAAUCAAAAAUCGAUAAGUAGUUUCUUCCUGUAA